AUGUCGAAAUUUCCCUUAACGGUUAACUUCACGGAAGCUAUCGUGCGUGAGGUCAAAGGCGACGAUGAGAUCGGGCUGCUCCGGUUCGAGUUUGUAGCGGCGGCGUUUCGCGAUGCUUCGUUAGCUGAUUUCAUUUGGGAAUCAAAGUUGCCUUUGAAUUAUAAGUUCAUCGUGGAGAAAGCUUUGAAGGAUGUUUCUGUAGAAGACUCGGGGAAGAGGGAUAUUUAUGCUAGACUCUGCAGGCCUAAUUUGUUUGACAACGGGACCAAGGAAAUUUGGCUGGAUAAGAGGACGGGUGGGAUGUGUAUGGCGAUUUCUUCCCAAGCGUUGAGGAUUACAGGGAUAGAUGAUACAUAA